AUGUGGCUGAUUUUAUUCUUUGUCCUGAUUACCAUCACCGCCUCUGAAAAAAUUUCGGUCAACAAGAAGUGCCGCGAUUUACUGGCUUGCGCAAUUCGAAAGGAAUGUGUUGCCCUUGAAGAUGUGGUACACAAAUUUGAAAACAAAACGGCGUCCGUGCAGAUGUACAACGAUUUGGACAAGAGCGUGGAUUACGGGUGUAUCUUCUCGACGGGAUGUUAUGAGGAGUGUGAAGCUUGCCCACUUUGCAUCUCCAGCAAGCAACAAGUUGUCGAUGUAUUGUCUGGAAAUAAAUUAGAAAAUAGCGAAUCUUGUCACGAAUUGAUAAAUUGUGCUGGGGAAUGCGUAAAGCGAUCUAGCAGUGAUAUUGAUAAGAUUAAUCAUUGUUUAAGACAUACCUGCGCCUAUUCCUGUUUUGACGGUUCUUGCCCAAAAUGCUCGGCUUUUGUGACGAGGAUAUUUAAUCAAAUUUGUGUCAGCGGAGAUUUGCGUAAUAAAGUGGCUGGGUUUACGGGCCAAUGCCCUGAGUUAUUCCGGGAAAUCGUCUACGCUAAAUUCAAGGCCGAGUUCGACGCACACGGGACGAAACCUAUGAUCGGGAAGCAUGGAAAU